AUGUCAAGCUGCCAUUGCCCCAUCAACUGUUGUGCGGAUCCGGACGUUCCAGAGAAGAAAGGAGCACCCAAGUUCGCCAAACAGAUCGGUGCCUUCACGGACACUGAGGAGCCGAUUGAUGAUUCGGUCCUGGCAGUUCAGGACCAGUGGUACAGGCCGCAGGCUGAAAAGCAGCUGCCAGAACCUGACGAGAGGCUGAGACAGGAAAUCGGAAGCUUCACCGUCACUUUCGAGAGCGCAGAAGGAUACUCUGUCCUUCUUGAUCCUGAAGGAAGCCGUAAGGAACCAGAUCCAGGUCCAAGCGGUCCAAGACCUGUGGAUGCAGAUCGUUUGGCUGCUUUGAUUUCUCGGCUUCAGCGGGCCGAGCAGGAGGCCGCCCGAAGAAAUACCCGGAUUCGGAUUCCGACCUUGACAGCAGGUGGUUGCUUCUUGAUCGUAGCAAUCGCGCUGUUUAUCAUACUGCAGAUUCAUCCUGAGCCCUCAGCAGCUGUCGUCUUUGCAUAUGUCGCUGGAUUUGUCCUCGCCUCGAUGAUCGAUGCCUGGAGCCUCAGCGGUUGGGCAGCCGUAGCAAUCGCAAAUCAGGCUCUUUGCACGGCUUUGGCCAAUGUGCUCUUGCUUCUGGCAGCUGCAGCGCUGCUUGAGACUGCCACCUGGUUGGAUUCAGUCUGUACGUCGGACGGGAACUUUGCUGACUCUUGUCGGUUCGUGCACACGGUUGUGCAGACAGUUUACCUUCUGCGCUCAGCAGUUGCGGUCAGCGACGUUGCGGCUGGCCUCAUCGUCAUUUGUUUCGCGUGCUGCAUAAUGAUCGAUCAAAUAUGCUACCCCGGAAUUGAGGCCGUGAGGCUUCUGCAACGGCUGUAUGCGGCCGUGGGCUGUGUGUGGCUAGCAAUCGGUGUUUUCAGCUUUGUGGCAAAACACUCUGUCCUUCUCAGUGCUGGCUCCGUGGAUGGGUUGUAUGCGCAUGUGCUUGGAAUUGUGGUCGGCGCACUGAUGGCUCUACUGGGUGGCAUCCUUGCUCACCCGAGGUUUCGUCGAACACAGAUUUGCUUCUUGAAGUCCAGAUCGAACACUGUGGGAUCUGGGCUGCACGAGCUUCUCGGUGGACGUGAAUUGAAAGAGGUCAUUGAUGAUGGGCAGAGCAACUUCCGCGCUGUUCCAGCAGACAAGGUGUUGCUUCAACACUUCCUGCUACAUCCGGCCCAGCAUGAGCUUGGCCACCUCUAUUCCCUUUCAGAGCCUGCCCAGUUUGGCUUUGUGGAUGCAUUCAUCUCGUAUUCGUGGGCUGACCAAGCCGAUUGGCAGUGGUAUGCAAUCCAGCACUGGAGAGAUGCUUUCAAGCAGGCUCACAACAGGGAACCGUUGCUUUGGAUCGACCGAUACUGCCACCACUCCACAGAAGCAGAGGCAUCAGCGAUGAUGCCGGUCUUCAUUGCGGGGUGCCAGAACUUUGUGAGCCUGGCGGGUUCCAGGUACUUAUACUCACUACGAAGUUUGGUGGAGAUCUUCGCUUUUGGAGAACUUGGCAGGUCGCCGGAAGAGCUCUACGAGAUGCUGCUACUUCCAGACACAGAGAGCCGAGGCCAGAUGCACGAACUGAUCGAUUCUCUGGAUGUGUGGAAAGCGCAUGACUCAUGCUCAGCCUUGCUGUGUGCACGCGAAGCUGCAUCGGGACGGCACGGGCUUCUCGGAUACUACAGAUAUGUUGGUCUGUGCUGUUGGGCAAAACCGGUUUAUUUUGUCUGGGAGGGUCGCAGUGUAGACGGCCAAUCGGCACGAACGCUGAAAUGGGCCAACAACCGCAGCAAUGUGGUAGAUUCAGGAGGAACCCCGAGUCUGGCCAGGUCAAAGCCAACAGGUCCGGAGCUUCGCCUCACUUCUUUGCACUUUCAUCGCAGCGACGCAGCGGGCGGAAUGCGCCAGCGAUCACACCCCGAUCAGGAUGUCAAAAAUAUGGCACAGCAGCAGGAGACGGAACUGACCCGACCGAAACAGAUUUUAUACCAUUGA